GCAUUUUAACUAACUUUUUCUUCAUCUACCCAACAACAAAAUGGAGCCUCACAUAUGGCGUCCGAUGUCUCAAAUGAAAACCCAAGAAUAUGAUCAUCCUCGGUUUCACUCAGAAAGUCAGGUCGAUUUGACACUCCGACUUGGCUUCCCCAAUGGCAAUGACAACGGCAACGCCAAUGCCAACGCCAAUGCCAACGCCAAUGCCAAUGCCAAUGCCAAUGCCAAUGCCGGUGAACGUCCUGAUAUUGAUCAUUCUAAACCAUUUUUCUCCGCUCCUCUUCACAGUAUCAACCAUCAUGCGCUUCAACCUCACCAGGUGAUGGUGAACAAUAAUCAUGGGUUGGCGUCUUCCGGUGGCAGAAGUGGUGAGAUGAUGAGUGAGGCGAAUUACAACCCUCACCAAAUUGUAUGGUCAAAAGAGCUGAAAACCUAUGUUCUCAAGUCAAACAACUUUGGGCAGCUUCAUCCAAGUUUAUACUGCAACACUUAUCCAGCGAAGACCAUUGGCAGCACUGCAAAUGGCAUGCCCAAUCUUCCUCUUCAAAAUUACAAUAAUGACCAGUACACACUCCUCAACCCUGCUUGUAGAAAAACAGAUGAUCAUGAAGCGGAAGCUUCCUCCGGGGGCGGCCGGCGGAGAGGUUUGCAACGGCGCCGAGUUUCUGCCUGCAACGAGGUCGAGAGGAGGUGCACCAACUACAAUUGCAACACCAAUUUCACGCCCAUGUGGCGUAAAGGCCCUCUUGGUCCUAAGAGCCUUUGCAACGCCUGCGGCAUAAGGUAUAGAAAGGAAAUAAUGAAUAAGGAAGCAAUGGCAGCAGAGAACAACCACGGGUAGCAAGAGAACAGCGGAGGGAGCCUUUUUCUUGAACGCUGGGCAUUGCCUCGGGUUCUUUUCAAGUAACGCAUGGCAAGAGCUAGGUGUCACUUGUUAAAUUAUUGUAGAUUUCAAAAUUUUGUUUUUAUUUAAGAAUUUGAUUUCUGUCUUCAUCCCUUUU